AUGCUCCCCACCACCGUCACUGCUACCCUCCUCGCCUCACUCACCGUGGCCGCGCCCGCCAAGCGCCAGGACGAGCACCCCUACUCCAUCGAGUGGCGUGCCAACCCAAAGGGCUACCUCGGCGACGUCGCGACACCCGACCCCAACAACAUCCGCGGCACGCACGAGAACGGCAACGUCCUCGGCAUCGCAGUCAGCCCAAACCAGCAGGGCAACGCCAUGUUCCGUCGUAUCCGCACCUCCUUUGCACUGAAUCCGUCCAAGCCCGGUCCGAUCCGUUCGCUCAAGAACCACUCGACGGACGACAAGGGUCCCGAGCACUGCCUCGACGGCACUUCGAACCCGCAGAACGGCGCCGUGCCCCACUUCUGGGACUGCUAUGAUGGCCUUGAUGUACAGCAGUGGCAGGUCCGCCCCGAUGGCCUCAUCGAGCUCGAGGGCACAGGGCUCUGCCUCGACUACAAGGACGGCAAGCCGACUCCGGACCAGCUCAAGGGCGAGGACCAGGCUACGAUCCAGCUCUGGGCUUGCGACCCUAACAACACCAAUCAGCAGUGGAACGUCCACCAGUGA